UAUUAUAAAAUAUGAACAAACGAUCUUUCCCGACUUCACAACAACGUCUCUAUUACUCGUUUGAUUAUUCGUUUGAGUCAGUAACACAUAAUAAGCGAUUCUCACCAACUUUACACCGAUGUAUUGUGCUUUUAGUGUUCAUUAAAAUAAGGAUGCCAAAAAAAUUGAAAUUAAUAUUUACACCUACAUUCAUUUAAAACCUAAGUUUAAUACCUAUUAAUUUUUGUUUAUCUGGCAGUACUCAUAGAUUAGACAUAUGAUUGUGACUUCUUGAGCUAUCUGUUGUUGGCAGACGAUAUUGUGAGAGUGACAUUGACAGCCAGUGUGAGGCACGCAGCGUUGCUGAGUGGACGCCAUGUCUGCAACGUCAGCGAGCGGCGGCGGCGGCGGCGGCAGCGGGGACGGGGACGCGGCGCCCGUGGUAGUGCGGCUCGCCACGCGCCACGACAUGCCGCGCGUGCUCGACAUGAUACAGGAGCUGGCGGAGUUCGAGGGCAUGCCGCAUGGGCCGCAGCUCUCCGUCGCCGAUCUGAUCGAGGACGGGUUUGAAGCUAAUCCGUCAUGGUUCUUCGGCCUGAUAGCGGAGUGCGGCGGCGAGGUGGUGGGGCACGCCCUGUGCAACCGCGCCUACUCCUCGUGGACGCGGCGCGCGUUCUACGUGGAGGACCUGUACGUGCAACCGAGGGCGCGGCGCCGCGGCGUCGGCAUUUGUCUGCUGCGCGAGCUCUGCCGGAUGGCGGUGCAGGAAGGCGUGCACCGUGUGGACUGGCACGUGCUGGAGGAGAACGCUCAGGCUCUCGCUUUUUACUCGCGGCUAGGAGCGCGUGACCUGCGCGUCACUGAGGGCCGCGCCGCCUUGCGCCUGGACCGUCCUCAGAUCGAGAGUCUGGCGCAACAACAGCGCUGACGCUGAUGAUUUACGGUGUAUAAAAUAAGAUAUUAGCCAUGUAAGUACACAAACAUGUAUCACUGUCAUUAGUGCCUUGUGAAGACAACAGUCAGAUGUUAGUGGUAAAUCUGUACAAAAUGUAUUUCUGUAAAAUAAUAUAAUCUAUUUUUUGACGAUAA